AUGGAAUUUUCCUGGGCAAGCUCACAGGAACCCCAGCGCUUGCUGCUCUCCUUUCUCCUUCUCACAAUUUGGGAGGCGGGGAGCGGCCAGCUGCACUACUCGGUUCCCGAGGAGGCCAAACACGGCACCUUCGUGGGCCGCAUCGCGCAGGACCUGGGACUGGAGCUGGCGGAGCUGGUGCCGCGCCUGUUCCGGGUGGCGACCAAGGACCGCGGGGACCUUCUGGAGGUAAAUCUGCAGAAUGGCAUUUUGUUUGUGAAUUCUCGGAUCGACCGGGAGGAACUGUGCGGGCGGAGCGCGGAGUGCAGCAUCCACCUGGAGGUGAUCGUGGACAGGCCGCUGCAGGUUUUCCAUGUGGAGGUGGAGGUGAAGGACAUUAACGACCAUCCACCGGUGUUUCCGGGGACACAAAAGAAUCUGUUCAUUGCAGAAUCCAGGCCACUUGACACUCGGAUUCCACUAGAGGGCGCGUCGGAUGCAGAUAUCGGAACAAAUGCUCUGUUGACUUACAGACUGAGCCCGAAUGAGUAUUUUUCGGUGGAAAAACCAUCCAGUGAUGAACGGAUAAAGGGUCUUGGACUUGUAUUACGAAAAUCUUUAGACCGAGAAGAAACUCCGGAGAUAUUUUUAUUACUCACUGUCACGGAUGGAGGCAAACCCGAGCUGACCGGCACUGUUCAGUUACUCGUCACAGUUCUGGAUGCCAAUGACAAUGCUCCAGUUUUUGACAGAACACUGUAUACAGUGAAGUUACCAGAAAAUGUUCCAAAGGGAACGUUAUUAAUUAAUCUUAACGCCUCAGAUUUAGACGAAGGUUUGAAUGGGGACAUUAUUUAUUCAUUUUCAGCCGAUAUUUCACCAAACGUGAAACACAAGUUCCACAUAGACCCAAAUGCAGGACUGAUUAUUGUAAAUGGAUAUAUUGAUUUUGAGGAAUGCAAAUCCUAUGAAAUUCUCGUAGAGGCCACUGACAAGGGACAACUCCCACUCUCUGGCCAUUGUAGAGUUAUUGUAGAAGUAGAGGACACCAAUGAUAAUGUGCCGAAUUUGGAAUUCAAGUCUCUAUCACUUCCAAUCAGAGAAAGUGCUUCCUUGGGCACUGUUAUCGCCCUGAUCAGCGUGUGGGACCUUGAUUCUGGAACCAACGGAGAUGUGACCUGCUCCUUGACACCUAAUAUUCCUUUCAAGUUAGUGUCCACUUUCAAGAAUUACUAUUCAUUGGUGCUGGAUGGCGAGCUGGACCGAGAGACCGUAUCUGACUAUAAGGUGGUGGUGACCGCGCGGGACGGGGGCUCGCCCUCGCUGUGGGCCACGGCCAGCGUGUCCGUGGAGGUGGCCGACGUGAACGACAACGCGCCUGCGUUCGCGCAGCCCGAGUACACGGUGUUCGUGAAGGAGAACAACGCGCCGGGUUCGCACAUCUUCACGGUGUCGGCGCGGGACGUGGACGCGCAGGAGAACGCGCUGGUGUCCUACUCGCUGGUGGAGCGGCGGGUGGGCGAGCGCGCGCUGUCGAGCUACGUGUCGGUGCACGCGGAGAGCGGCAAGGUGUACGCGCUGCAGCCGCUGGACCACGAGGAGCUGGAGCUGCUGCAGUUCCAGGUGAGCGCGCGCGACGCUGGCGUGCCGCCCCUGGGCAGCAACGUGACGCUGCAGGUGUUCGUGCUGGAUGAGAACGACAAUGCGCCCGCGCUGCUGGGGCCUGCUGUGGGCGGCGCGGUGAGCGAGCUGGUGUCGCGGUCAGUGGGCGCGGGCCACGUGGUGGCGAAGGUGCGCGCGGUGGACGCGGACUCUGGCUACAACGCGUGGCUGUCUUAUGAGCUGCAGCCGGCGGCGGGUGGUGCGCGCAGCCCGUUCCGCGUGGGGCUGUACACGGGCGAGAUCAGCACGACGCGCGCCCUCGACGAGGCUGAUGCGCCGCGCCAGCGCUUGUUGGUGUUGGUGAAGGACCAUGGCGAGCCAGCGCUGAUGGCCACCGCCACCGUGCUGGUGUCUCUGGUGGACGGUGGUCAGACACCAAAGGCCUCUUCGAGGGCAUUGGUGAACGCUGCAGACCCAGAGGUAGCGCUGGUGAAUGUCAACGUGUACCUGAUCAUCGCCAUCUGCGCGGUGUCCAGUCUGCUGGUGCUCACGUUGCUGCUGUACACAGCUCUGCGUUGCUCAGUGGCGCCUUCUGGGAGCAUGUGCGGGCCUGGGAAGCCCAUGCUGGUGUGCUCCAGCGCGGUGGGGAGUUGCUGGUUACAACAGAGGCAGCAAAGGGUGUGCUCUGGAGAGGUGCCACCCAAGACUGAUCUCAUGGCCUUCAGCCCCUGUGUACCUGACUCUAGGGACAGAGAGGAUCAACUGCAGCCAACUGGGGAUUCCUUUGGAAAGGUUAGUUUAUAG